AUGGCAAACGACAAGAUCGAUGCUCCAUUGUCAUCGCAUUCAAAGCGCCCUACUCGACGCCUUAAUAAACAGGCACCACCUGCUUUACGUGUUCUAGUUCGUCUCUUUUCAGCGCUGGAGUUUGGACUUGGUGCCUUGACGCUGUACCAGCACACGCCCGACUUUGCCGCCGUCAAACGCGCCGUGGAGAGCUCGUGCCAGCUCAGCUUUACACCUGCGCAUUUGCAACAAAUUCUGUAUCUUUUGCCAGGAGCUUACACCCUCGAGUGGAAGAAGAACACGCGCACUGCGCGCCGCCAAGCGCAAGAAGACGUCGGUAACUCGAUUGUGGCGAAACGCCAGCGAUUAAAUCAACAGCCGCCGGUGCUCACACUGCGUAAGCAGCAGUUGUCAGCUCUUGAUGGCAAGUCUGAGAGCCUCGAGGCUCGUAUCACACUCUUCAUCCGCAAGGUUAAUGUCUAUUUGGAGGGACAUGUGGAAGCUAUCAAGCAGGAAUUCCCAGACAUGACGGACGAUGAGCUGAUUGGCGCUAUGAAACUUGUAGAGAUUGAGAAGGCCCCGCUGCCUCAAGUGCCGACAGAGAUUGUAAAUGAGGAGAGUCUUAAUAUGGUGCUUAGUAAGAACGAUAGCAAGGAGCAGAUGAAAAAUGGCACAGUAAGUAGUAAAGCCAACGAGAAGCUGACGGAGGCGCUGGCGAAGCCCAUACCGCAAGACUUAAGGUCAUUACCGGAAUGGCUUAUCAACAAAGUCCGCAAGCACGAGGCAGGUCAGAACAACAUUGUGGAGAAUAGUGCCAAGAUAUUGAAGAGACGGCUUUUGUCGACACUGCCGCAGCUCAGCGACCAGUUGCAAUCGCUAAUGAUGGUCACAAGGAAGUCUAUCUUUCCCAAAGCGUAUAUACUGCGCCGACUGGCAGCACGGGCUCCGAUCAAGGGCAGGGUUGAAGAGCAGCUAUAUCUGCUGGAGUCGCUGGUACCGGAAUGGCUCACAGUGGUGCUCGACGAUGGCAAUGAAUACAUCAAGAUUUCUACCAGCUGUAAAUACAACGUCAUCAAGGCCUCACUACGUCGCGCAAUCUCCGUCCAAGCCUAA